ACGGGUCUUGGUAUAACCCGAAAUCCAAACCGACGUAGCAAAUCCUCUGUAAAGCGAUAAACUUCAUCCAAAGCUUCAAAGUUUUUCCUCCUUUAAGAAAUCCGCAAUCCAACGAAAGCAAAGGAUUUUCCCUUCUGUGUAUCAUUUUUCUUCAUUAUUGGGCUACUGGCAGAGUCCUUCUAUUGAGUAUUUGAAAAAGGAAGAUCCAGAUUAUUGCUAAGAGAUGUCGUUAACUGCCAGUACCACCAUGAGUGCGACUACUUUGCCAAUAGUGAGAGCAGGGGAUCAAUGCCGGAAGCAAUUCAAGCCAAUACCAUCAGUUCCUGUUGGCCUCCAUCCGCUUGGCAUGCAGUCUCAACUCAUUAACAAUAGAAGACGAUUGAUAUGUCCUGUUCAACAAAAGCGUGCUUCAAUUAUAUGUUCUUCUGCUCUGAAUGCGAGAUGUGCUGAAGGACAGACACAGACGGUUACACGGGAAUCAUCGACCAUUACAGUUGCGCCAGUUCAAGGAAAGGAGAAAUCUCCUGACCUGGAUGAUGGUGGGACUGGGUUCCCCCCUCGUGAUGAUGAUGGAGGCGGAGGUGGAGGUGGGGGUGGCGGAGGCAAUUGGAAAGGUGGGUUCUUCUUUUUCGGAUUUCUUGCUUUCCUAGGCCUCUUGAAAGACCAGGAGGAUGAAGGACCCUACCGGGACCAACGCAGAAGAUGAAGAACCACCAUAAACAUAUCAACAUAGAAAUCAAAGAGGUUUGGAAGCCCAAGAGUCGUAAUGGUCUUCCCUCAUUAUUCUCUAGUCAUGCUUCGAGCAACGUGUAGUAGGGACAAUAACCUUCUAUUGGUUAUGUAUUUGAAUGUAACAUUACUUGUAGCUCAUUUCUAUGUUCUUAGAAAUGGACAUUCUUUUCAACUCUUCCUUUACCCUAGAUGGUUGGAUAAGUUGUUGUCAUAGCUUUAAUUGGUUGUAUAAUACCCUACUUUCGGUUC